UGUAAGGACAUGAUCCCCAGCAGAGGGAGGACAGUCAGAAUCAUCGUGCAGCAGUCUGGACCUGACCAUGACCGGGAUGUUUGGGAAGGUAAAGCCAUGUGCUGAGUGCAACCUGGUUCUGCUCGGAGCGAUGGGCUGUGGAAAAUCAGCUCUCACUGUCAAGUUUCUCACAAAGCGCUUCAUCAGUGAAUAUGAUCCUUAUCUUGAGGAUAUCUACUCAUCAGAUGAGCUUGUGGACCAGCAGCCUGUUACAGUACGAGUGAUGGACACCUGUGACCAGGAGGGUCCAGUGAAUUGUGAGCGCUAUCUUUCAUGGGCCAAUGCCUUCCUGGUGGUCUACAGCAUCAACGACAUGGAGAGCUUUAAAGGCUGCCAGCUCUACCUGCAGACUCUCUCCAUGCAUAAGAACACCUUCAGGUCCCAGACUCCCAUCAUCCUGGUGGGCAACAAGCUGGACAUGGACAGAUACAGGCAGGUGAGUCAGAGUGAUGGUGAGGCUGUGGCGAUUCGCUUCGACUGCUCCUUCUUCGAGGUGUCCGCCUGUUGGGACUUCCUCUCUGUCCAGUACAUCUUCCAUGAGGCAGUCCGGAGGGCCAAGCGAGGUGGUGAACGCAGCAAUUUGCUCAGUGCUGCCUACGUCAGUGAGGACAAAGCUCUGCUGGGUGUCCACUCCUUCUCCACUCUAUGCUACAAGGAGCUGCCGGCGCCUGCCACCGCCAAGCUGGUCACAGUGAAGACAUCCAGAGCUCAGAGCAAACGGAGGGUCGCCACACUCACCCUGCUCAAGGGCUUUAAGAUCUUCUGACACGUCUGCCAUCCAACUGUGACUUUGAUGUCUUUCAGACCGAAAGACAUCUUGAUGCAACACAGCAGAGAACAGAGUAGGAAGAAGAGCUGGUAUACUAGUAUGGUAUAUUUUUCCUUUGUAAGGAAAUCAAAGAUUCUGGUUCAUAAAAGCCUUCCUACUGGUUUGGAUCUGAACUUUGAACAACUCCUGCUGGGUUGUAUUUCUCCUACACGUUCUGGCUGUAUGCUUCAGUUGUUUGUGUCUGAUUCUGAUUUACUCCAGGCUUUUUGUAUCACCCUUAAAUCCCAACAAGUGGAAGACCAGAAAUCCUUCAAAGGAAUCGGUCAUCACAUCCUGUAGAUGGCUGUGUAAGAUGUAAAGUCAUCCUCGCUCCUGUCAGACUGCACCAUGGCAACUGUAGCUACAAUGUAGCUCUCCACCAUCAG